AUGGCGGAAAUUGAAACCGCCGCAGCAAGUUACUAUUUCGCCAAUGGCAACCGGUGGUUGCUACGCGAAGCUCUUGUCAAUAUUCACCUUUUCUUCGAGAUGCCAGAAUCUUUGUCAAGUGACAAAGUCCCAAGUGACAAACCUCUACUGGCCAAAGCUUUUCGAGAGUACUUUUCCCAAGAAACAGCAAAACCAAGUCUUGCAGGCUUCUAUUUGCACGACAAAGACUUCUUCAUUGCAAACACAGGUAGAAGCUCGCCUGUUGAAAUAUGGAAAAAGGACUUUUGUGAUGCUGUUCGAAGAGAAAAAAUCUUGAAGCAACCUGAUUGGUCAGAGAUCCUACAAGCACUACUUUGCAACAAGGCCGAUGAUAACAAUUGCGCCAUAACAACAACCAAGCAAAAAGGGAAGGCGCCCGCACGCUCAACGUUAUCAGCAGCCAUCACAAAAACAACAUCAUCAUCAUCAUUAUGUCCAUCAUCGUCGUCAUCUGCAUCAUCAACAGCCUCAAAACGAACUCAUGUCACCUCAGACAGUUCAAAAAGCGAUUCAUGCCUGCUUACUGAAGAAGCAAAGAAAGGAUUCGAAGAUGCAUUUAAAAGCAUGGAAAACAGUCACAAAUGGGGUUAUGACUACCGUCAUAAUGACCAGCUACCCACGUCAUCAAAAAUCAAAGAUUUUAUCUGA